GUCAGUAGCUUCCAAGUUCGGAGUUGCUCUUUAACUGCUCGACUGUCGGUAGGGGGCGCAGCUCGCCCCAAAGCUCCGACUCGGGCGACUCUCGCCGCUCUCUCCUUCCGGCUUCUCCUACUUCGGAAGGCUCGAGCCAUCUGCCUUUGCGCGGAUCUGAGUGCCAGAGGCGAAAUUUGGCUUCCCUUUUGCUCCUCUCGGGAUAUGUAUCGAAAUGCCUAGCAGAUCUCUCGCCUCUUCUAGUUUCUAUUGCGGUUGAGGUAGCCUGCUGUUCGCUCCCGACUUUCCCUUUUUCGGGGGUUUUCGUGGGAUUGGAGGCGGUCGGUGUGAAAUGGCGAUGGAUGCCAGGCAAGUGCUCGCUGGAUUUCUCACCAUGGCCAUGUUUGCCAUGCUCGGCAACAUGAUCAAGAGGGACCAUUUUGAUUCGGUUACGGUAACACUGCAAGAAACUUCAGUCAUACAAUUUGAUGCAUUAAAGGAAGAACAGAAGUCUCUUGUCCAAGAGUCUACAGAGAGCAUCCAAGAAUUUAAACCUUGCUGGUCCAAGCCAGUUCCAAAAGAAGUACAGCAGUCAAAAGGGUACAUUACUUUGUCCUUAACUGGAGGUCCUGAGCACCAUAUCUCACAGAUCACUGAUGCGAUUGUUAUUGUGAGGUAUUUGGAUGCUACUCUAGUACUUCCUGACAUCAGAGGGAGUGAGCUUGGCCAAAAAAGGAAUUUUGAAGAUAUGUAUGAUGCUGAUAAGUUCAUUACAAGCUUGAACGGUGUCGUAAAAGUAGCAAGGGAGCUUCCUGCUGAAUUAACUACUGAAACUCCAGCUGUUGUCAAAGUACCCAAUAGGGUUUCAAGAGAAUACAUUGUGAACAAUGUUGAAGCAAUUUUUCAAAGCAAAAGUUAUUUGCGACUCGCAAGUGUCUUCACAAAAAUCAAUUUGAAAGGAAAUGGUAAACCAAUUACCGAUUUGGAUUCAACUGUUUGCUUGGCUAUGUUUGGAAGCCUUGAAAUGAAGCAUGAGAUUUUGGAAGUGGCUGAUCGAAUGGUUGAGAGACUAAAAAUACUUAGUCGCAAUACAGGAAGUCAGUUUAUUUCAGUUGACCUCAGGGUUGAUGUGCUAGAGAAAAAGAGCUGUAAAGAAAAAGCAAAUGGGAAAAAACCUUGUUACUCUCCUCUGGAGAUCAGAGAUUUCUUAAGAAAAGUUGGUUUCAAUGCAGAUAGCACAAUUUACCUUACUCAGACUUGGUGGCAUGAAAGUCUCAACCCUUUGAAGGAGAUGUUUCCAAAAACUUAUACCAAGGAUGACUUAAUCCCUGCCGAAAAGAAGGGCCAAUUUCUCCAAUCAGGAAGUGCAGAACUACAAAGAGGUCUGGACUUCCAAAUAUGUUCCAAGAGUGAUGUCUUUGUGCCUGCCAUUUCUGGUCUGUUUUACGGGAAUGUAGCUGGUAAAAGAAUAGCUUCAGGUCAUACGCAAAUACUUGUUCCGUCCAAGGUCCUCAGUUCCUCUCUGGUUGCCACUGAUUUCAUCUCAACUUAUGUCUCCAAGAAGAACCAUAUAGCAUACUCAUGUUUCUGUUAGUUGUUUGGAGAAUGAACUAAAAGCAGCAAAGAGCUUGUUCUGGAAUCGCUUCUAAUUAGCUUUUCUUCUUCUCAAUGUGUUUAGGUUCCCAAAAGGCAGAGUGAAUGGGCCAUAUACAGGUUCAUGUAACUUAAAUGCAACUACCACUGUUUGUAUUAUGUAAUAGAGUUGUUUCGGUCAAAUUUAAAAGGAAAUAUUUCUUUUC